AUGAGUUCCUCCAUGAAGAUAACGGGGCCAGGCCAACAGCUGGGCGACAACAGCUGCUUUGACCUCCUCCAGAACCGCAUCGAGUCACUGAGCGGCAAGAUGGACAAGCUCAUCCACCUUCAAGAAAAGGUCCUCAACCAGCUCGAUGCCAAGUCCAAUGCCAAUGAAAGGAAUGAAAAUGUCCAGAAGAUCCUCACACCAAGUUGGGAAGUCAACCAGUCGCAGGGAAAAGACGUCAAGGACAUAUACCAGGAAAUGAGCACAAUCAUGUCGGCGGUGAACCAGCGGUCUGAGAUUCAGGCUCAGAAGCUGGAGGGAAUGGAGAAACUGGUCCUUAGCAUGCAGCAGGUGAUCAGCUUCCUCGGGGAGACGGUCAAGAGCUCCAAAGUUAUGCAAUUCAUGUUCAAAGGGCCCGUUGCAAACAAGGGUAACAAAGGAAAGCAAGUAGCAAAGAGAAGAUCACCAGACACAAUCAAAAAGCCACAGAAGAAACUCAACAGAGAGAAUGCAGAGAAGUCCCCUCAGCAACAUAACAUCAUGAUUUCUGCAGAUAAACAUCCUGACAGUGGUCUAGUUGGCAACCUACAGGAAGAUUGCCAACGCUUCCAAGAUCUUGAGCAAAAGGUUUCUGAUGAAGAUGCGGACAUUGUUGAGGAGCUUGUUGAGGAGCUUGUUGAGGAAUUAGUGGAGGAGGAAGUCAUAGAGAAAGAAGGGGAACAAGCAGUGGGUGAAGAGGUGGAAGAAGUGGUGGAGGAAAUCACUUUUGAAGAAGAAUUACAAAGCUGCAAGUCUGACAGUACAAAAGAACAAACAGCAAGUGAUGAUUGUGAGGCCACCACAGCUUCUCCCGCAACCGAGCCUGAGGUUAGCGCCGCCGCCGACUCUUUCGAGACCGAAGAACUGGUGGUGGAGGAAUACACCGAGGUCCUGGAAGUUCAGGAGGAAGAGGACAAGGAGAUGAAGGAGGAAAAGGAGGGUGCUGAGGAGGAGAAUCAGGAGCAGGCGGACUGGGCUGUCUUUAGGGCGGACGGGGUUGAGUUCCAGUUUGACCUGAAAAAGAGAUUGGAGCUACAGAAGAUGGAAAACCAAGCCAAAAGUGAGGAAAAAAAUGAGCCUGGGGAUGUUCAGCAAUAUUUGAUUGACACCACUCCUCCCCCGCCAGCGCCAUUUAAUCACCGCAUCGUGUCGGCCAAGCCAAACCAGAUCAGCAACUUCUACACCAUCAACUGGCAGGAGGUCCUGGGCGGGGGUCGUUUUGGCCAAGUGCACAAAUGUGUUGAAAACUCAUCUGGGCUGACGUUGGCAGCCAAGGUCAUCAAGGCCAGGUCCCAGAAAGAAAAGGAAGUGGUGAAGAAUGAAAUCCAGGUCAUGAACAAUCUGGACCACCCCAACCUGAUCCAACUAUAUGCAGCUUACGAGUCCAGGAACGACAUUAUUCUUGUACUUGAACACGUCGGAGGCGGCGAGCUGUUCGACAGAAUCAUCGAUGAAAACUACACUUUAAUGGAGUUGGAUGCUGUAGUAUUCAUCAGGCAGAUUUGUGAGGGCUUGCAACACAUGCACAAAAUGUACAUCCUCCAUUUGGACUUGAAGCCAGAAAACAUCCUGUGUGUAAGCAGAGUCACAAAUAAAGUCAAGAUCAUCGACUUUGGCCUUGCUAGGAUAUACAAACCGAGGGAAAAGCUGCGGGUCAAUUUUGGUACGCCAGAGUUUUUGGCCCCUGAAGUCAUCAAUUAUGACUUUGUGUCAUUUAACACAGACAUGUGGAGCCUUGGUGUCAUCACCUACAUGCUUCUAAGCGGCCUCUGUCCUUUUCUGGGUGACGAUGACAAUGAGACGCUCAACAACAUCUUGGCCUGUCAGUGGAACUUUGAAGAGCAAGAGUUUUUGGACACAUCUGAAGAGGCCAAAGAUUUCAUCACUAGACUUCUAGUCGUUAAUAAAAGUUGGAGGAUGGGAGCGUCCGACGCCCUAAAACAUCCUUGGCUUUCUGAUGCCAGCCUUCAUCAUAAAUUGAAUACCAAGAAAACCAUGUGCCGAUCUCGUCGGUCAUCAUGUGUACCCUCAACAGACAGUUGA